AUGUCAGGCAAAGCCGACAAAAAGGCCGGCCUCGCCACGCAGAUUAAAGGCGUUGCCCGCCCGAGAGACGGGUCCAAGUCGAACUCGCCCAAGUCGGCCCCCAGUGGCCCCAAAUUGUACCGUGACAGAGAUUACGUGGCAAAGAACUCAUCGCCUGCCUUGAUCAACUCAGCGCCGGCAAAUGGUCCGAAUGGAAGAGGUUAUAGCAGCAACUAUGGCCAGUCAGGCCCGCAGCCCUCAAGUGCUUCAACUGGAGCAGGAAACAGCGCCAAUAUGUCCCUCGCCGGUUGGCUUAGACAGGGCAUGGGAAUGCAUAGCGUUCAGGAUCUGAAGCCUGUCCGCUGCUUGGGAAGACAUGGUCCCAAAUGCCGUACCUGCGGCAAGAAUGGCCUCGAUUGCAAUGGCCUUUGCCCGCAAAAGGAUCUGGAAGCCUGGGAGAUCGCCGAUGUUCUAUCUGCCAACUUCUCUAAAAUGGCCGUUUUUGAUAUGGCCAAAGACACGACACAGACCGACUCGAUCAUAGCUUACUAUGGUCGUCAGCAAUUCCCUAAUGGAGUUGACUUCAAUGCUCUAUUAGAUCCUAUUGAUAUUGAGUACUUGGACCGGAACCGGGAGGUGUUAUUUCACGAGAGUGGAGCUGUUUUCGAGCGCCUGUCGGGAUUCGGAAACCCCAACAACACUCAGUUUCGCCGCCUCAUUGAUGAGUACAUUGACCGAGAGGACUAUGCGCACGCGAGCGGCCAGGUUUUCUCGCCUGCAAAGUAUCCGCAUCUCGGUAUUGUCAAGAAGCUACGCGCCAGGUGGAAGAAGUUGUACCCGGUUCAGUUCUUCUUGAAGCGUAUUUGGAACAAGAAGGAGAAGACUAUAUUUUUCCAGCAACAAGCACGCAAGGAGAAGCAAGCUGCAGAGCGCGAGAAGGCACUUCUGCCGGCAGUGUCCGAGAACGAUGACGACGAUCUCUUUGCUGAUAAUUAUCUGGCUAAACACGGUGAUCACUUUGAUGCAGCGUACUUUGCCGCGCUGAGUAAAGAAGAGAAUGCCGAGCUUCCGAAGGAACAGAAGCGCGAGGAGCAGGUUGCCACGAACAAAGAGGAGAAGAAGGAAGAGCUUGGCAAAGACAACAAGGAAAAGGCGACCUUGCUGCCUCCCAAGUUUGCAGCUAGAGCGAAGGAUAAACAGGCUGCGCAGGCACCUGCAGAUGGAGAUGCCAGCGAGCGUCGCCCAGUCCAUUCUGGGACUAAAAAGCGGGAGGCAAGAGCCUCACAGCAGGGCCCCUACGGAAAGGGCGAGGAGAUAUACGAGACCGGCAGGAUAAUUUGGUCAUGCUGCCAAGCGGUGGUUGGCGAAGGGGAUAAUAUUUGCGACGAAGAGCGGCUGCUCGCAAAGUUUGCCACACCUGCGGCGUUGAGAAGGAUAUCGACUAAUUCCGGUCGUUCCGAGGCCCUCAACGGAUCGUCCUUGAUUACGCGGACUGCCACAAUCGCGGCAGGCAGCAGAGAGCCGCGUCGAACGUAA